GUUCACGGAGUACUGCAGGAGUGAAAGGGGCGGUGAGAGCCGGUGGAGGGAAGGCGGUGCUCUCUCUCUUUCUCUCUCCACCGUCACUUCUUCCACAUCCAGGGCGAUCCGUUGCUACAGCAGACCGGGCACCGUUGCACAUCUCACCGACACGUCCGCACUCGUUUUUCCAGACCGCUGGGAGGACCGGAGCGCAUUUAGACCCGUCAGAAUGGGAAACCUGCCGCUCUCCACAGGUCUCUUCAAAACUGAUACAACCACAUCCGAUCAAGCCAGCAGUGAGAGGCUUGAAGCCAGAAAGAUCAGCCAUGGCAUAACUUACUAUUGCACAAAGUUGUCUGGGGCAGUGGACCACACAGCAGCUGUCCAGACUACACAAGUGCCUUGCCCUCUGUCGUCCCUUACACCCUCAGCUCUGCCCCUCAGUGACUCCUCUUCUGGAGUUGCUUCCUCAUCUCCACUGCUCUCAGAUUCACCUUCACACACACCUGUCUCCUCCCAAAACCAGUCACAUUCUACCUCCACUAGCCGCCCUCUUCUUGUUUUCUUCUCCUGGCUCGGUGCCCGGCCGGCAGCGGUGGCCAAAUACAGGGACCUGUACCUGGACCGGGGCAUGGAUGUCCUCCUGGUGCAGAGCCGUGUGAUGCACUUCUUGUGGCCUCGAUGGGGGCUCGACUAUGGGCUGGAGAUUUUAAACGUCCUUGAGGAGCCUCAGUUCUCACAGAGGGCAGUGCUGGUCCACGCCUCCUCCAUCGGCGGCUACACUUUCACCCAGAUACUCACCCACAUUGCUCAAGGGCCAAAUAAACACUCAGACCUGGAGCAGAGAGUGAUAGGACACAUCUAUGACAGCUUGGUGGUCGGCUCUCUGGAGCACAUGGCAGUAGGCCUUGGAAAGACUCUAAUGCCCCGAAUAGAGGGCUUCAUCAGAAACACCGCCAUGCUUUACUUCUGGCUUUUCAAAACCCACACAGCAAACUUCUAUGAAAACAGCAUCCAAGUUUUCCACAACAGCCCAGUUACUGCACCGGCACUCUUCUUCUUCAGUGAAAAUGAUGCAAUGUGCAACUUUAUUGUCCUGGAAAGGGUGAUAGACUUGUGGAGGAAGAGGGGAGUGACUGUGGAGAGCAGGAAGUGGAAGGAGUCGAUACACGCAGCCCACAUGCGAUGCCACCCAGAAGACUACCUCUCCACUCUGCAACACUUUUUGGAUUCAUUACCCGUUCCCCCCAUUAAAUCCUAAAUGAGAAGUAAAAGUGUGGCUUGACUACAUUUCCAAACUUCUUCAUGUUUUAUGAUUUGAAAGCGAGCACACUUUGGUUAAUUUAUCCUCCAGCUGUCAUGUUUUACUCCACCAAGGAAUGCGGUGGAGUUAUGUGAUGAUUGGCGUUGCUUUGUUUGUCUGUCAGUGCACAACAUUACCCAAAAAACGGACCAGCGGAUUUGGAUGAAAUUUUCAGGAAAAGUCAGAAAUGACAAAAGGACCAAGUGAUUAGAUUCCAGCAGCAAUGCAGCUUAUAGUCUGGAUCCACAAUUUUUUUUAAAAAAAUUCAGUAUCAUUGCAAGAUAGCAGCAUGGUGUCACUGUAACUAUGACAACAAGUGAACACUACGUCAGCUGCCGGCUGACGAUCACGAUUGCGAUUCUACUACAAAUUGACCGCUGCGAACCACAAAUUUUUCAGCAUUUCAUCCGUCGGAAAUCAUAGGACUGAGCAGCCUUGGCAGAGUACUGCGCUUUCUGAGUGCUUUUCUUUUUAGGAGUGUAAAUAAUGGGAUGAAUGUGCUUUUCUCUCUGAUUAAACAUUCUUAAUUUGAUUUUAACCACUGUUACAAAGUUAUUUAUUAUAUUACUGAGGGUGUUUAUGUCAUGUGACGCUUGUUUUGCACAUUAACUAACAGCAAAUGUUGCCUAAUAAACUGUUGUAACUCUUAUCGGAUGUGUAAGUUCAGCAGACUACAUGAAAUAAAGCUCAGUUGUGAAUUGAA